AUGACGAGGUGCCAACAGGUGGCGCUGCCACUGGCCCGCUGCCUGCGACAAGGCCUCGCAACACAGCCUGCAGCGCCCUCAAUAUAUGCGGCGGCAGCACGUUCAUUUUCAAGCUCGGCAAGCCGUCGAGAUGUCGAGACGACCACGACCUCGUCAUCCACAUCUGCCACCGAUGCGCAAUCGGCGCAGGACCUAGCCAGCGCCAACAAAGCGCCGAAUCCAUUAAGGGAGCAAUGGUUGGACCCCAACACCACAACGCUAUUGUGGGCAGAAAGGAGGCUGUUGAAGCAGGGCACAGAACCUAUAGGAUCACGAAGACGGAGAGCGGCAGUACGGCAGUCGCCAAACAUCCCUUUCGAACAAUUACCUUACCACUGCUUCCAAGAAGCUCGAAAAGUCCUCGCAGAGGAGCGCGCGGAGAAGCUGGAGGAGCUGAAACAGACAUCUGUCGAGAUCGCAAAGCUGGAGCAAAGGCCGGCAGAUGCGUAUAGGGCUGGAGAGCAAUUUAAGCAGAAGAAGCUGGAGUCCCUGCGCAGGCAUUUGGAAAACCUCAAAAUUCAAGCCGACAUCAACGACCCAGCUGUGAAGAGGAAGUUCGAGGACGGCCUAGCGGACUUGAGCAAACCGAUCUACCGCCACUUUGCUCAUGAGAAAUGGCUUGGCAUGUCUUAUAAGAUUCUUGCCCAGCGACUGCGACAAUUCCACAUUGUCCCAGACGUCCUGUCACGCUUCGACCCCAGGAUGGAUGUACAACUCUCCUUCCACGGCUACAAGGUCACCCCGGGCGAAACGGUCGACUCCCUGGUCUCGGAGGCUCCCCCGAACCUGCGCGUGCAGGUGUUCGACAGUAAGGAGCGGCUCGUGAGUGUUGUCGUGCUGGACAGCGACGUGCCAGACCCGGAGAACGACUCUUUCGGCCCGCGCCUCCACUUCAUGGCCGCAAACGUCCCUCUCAGCUACGCCACCAGGAACAUCUCCCUGAGCCGCCUGUCCGGCGGCAGCAAGGAGCACCUCGCCGUCCCCUGGCUCCCGCCGACGAGCCAGGAAGGCGCGCCGUACCACCGGCUGUCGGUGUGGCUCCUGGAGCAGCCCGAGGGCAAGAAGCUGGACGUCGAGAAGCUGAGGGAGGCCUACUCGAAGCGGCACGGCUUCAACCUGCGCAGCUUCCGCGGCGAGCACAAGGCGAAGCCGUUCGGGUUCAAUAUGUUCCGGACCGAGUGGGACGAGGGCACGGCCAAGGUCAUGGAGAGGCACGGCAUCCCCGGCGCCGACCUCGUGUUCCGGCGCAAGAGGGUGUACAGCCUCAAGCCCCCGAAGAAGGCGAGGGGUUGGGAGGCCAGGAGACAGGGCCCCAAGUACAGGCAGCUCUGGAAGUACACCAAGAGAAUCGGGAGAAUGUUUGGGGGCACGUAG